UACCUUGGGCUCAACCUUGACCUUUAUAUAAUCGUUCCUUGGCUGGUCCUCACAUUCACUGUUGCCUCCCCAGGCUGUGUCGUAGGAGUUGUAUAUGAACUCAAGGUCGGCACCCCACUCUCCAAGUCCGAAGACCCCGACUAUCUCUUGUUCUUCCGCAAAACAACCUCAACCACCCCAUCCCACACAGUUCAGGACAUAGAACGACUCCGUGAUGCCUCCUCCACCACCGCCUCCUCCACCACCGCCUCCUCCUCCUCCGCCGCCUGGUGCCAUGGGUGGUCCUCCUCCGCCUCCUCCACCUCCUCCAGGAGGUCUUCCUGCCCGUCCGCCUGCUGGGGCAGGCAACAGAGGCGCACUUCUAUCAGAUAUCCACAAAGGCAAAGCUCUCAAAAAAGCUGUUACCAAUGACCGUUCAGCGCCUCAAGUUGGAAAUACAUCAAAUUCGUCGGCAGCUCUGCCUGUUGGCGGCGCACCUCCUGUCCCCGCCCUGGGUGGUGCUCCUAAGCCCCCAGGAGGUCUGGCACCACCGGUCCCAGGAGGACGAGCGAGGAGUAAUAGUGAUCAAGGAUCUCGCGAUUCGACGGCAGGCAUGGAUGCCGCGCCGCAGCUGGGUGGUCUUUUCGCUGGUGGAAUGCCCAAAUUGAAAAAGAGCAGGGGAGGCAUUGACACAGGCGCAAAUGCUGAUUCUUCAUAUCGAUCGGAUCCUGAAUCUACUACCUCAGCACCCAAACCUCCAGUCGGCUCCGCACCAAGGCCUCCUUCAGCAGUUGCGCCAGCAAUCCCUGGGCGAGGACCUCCAGUACCGCCUCCGGGAGGAGCAGCAAACUUGAGAAAGACCACACCAGUGGGAUCCAAGCCUCCCCCUCCUCCUAUUGGAAAGAAGCCACCUCCCCUGCCGACGUCAAGAAAGCCUUCGUCAAUGUCUCUGCCACCAUCCGCGCCCUCGCCAUCUUCAGCGCCUCCUGCUCCACCACCACCUCCGCCUCCUCCAUCAAACAGUGCAUCCGCUCCUGCCGCUCCUCCUCCUCCUCCGCCUUCAGCGGCACCUCCUCUGCCGAGUCAAUCACCAGCUUCACGAUCUUCAGUGCCGCCUCCUCCACCCCCUCCGCCUGCAGCAUCACAUUCGACACCAUCACUCGCUGCAGUAGCUGCCAUUCGCGCCGCUGGUCAAGCAUCUCCAAGCGCGGCGCCUCCUCCUCCACCCCCACCUUCUGGAUCAGUACCAGCACCUCCAAGCGCACCUUCGCCACCGCCACCAACGACACGCUCUCGAGGUUCAUCCCUUCGUCAGUCCAUGUUGGAUCCAAGUAUGUUCACCUUGACAGCCAAUGGAGCAAAAUCCCCAAGCCCGAAGCACUCACCAGCGCAAACGCCCGGUAUUAGUGGUGGGGUUCGUAUUGUGAUCAACGACUCUAGGUGGCAAUUCAAGGAUGAAGGUUUGUUCCCGAAACCCAGGGACUUCGUAGGUGGAACAAGAAAAUAUAGGGCAGGAAGAGGCAGCAGUGUACCGCUGGAUUUGAGUGUUCUGUGAGUAUCGUACACCUUGGGCUCACAGAGUUGUGCUCUCUAUCAAAGAGUUUGAUGAUCAAGCUAUGCUAUUCAUGAUGAGGUGAGCAUUAUGCGGUUAUCAAACAGAUAGGAUAUUCGAGAUAAAUAUGACUCAACAUAUCACGCAGUAUAGGGUGGUCGAUGAGAUUUAGUGUCUUUAUCGUGAAAUAAUGCUGCUCAUGAGUUGAAUCUAUUGAAUCAUUUUCUUCAUGCUGCGGUAUGGUACAGUCGAGUUACAUACUCGUAGGUAGUGUACAUAUAUAGAUAACCAUCUCAAAUUUACAUAGACUUGAGGUAGUUGGUUUCCUUG